CGGUGCCUUUCCCUAUAAAGGCAGCCAUGAGCAGAGCAAGGCGCAUGAGUGUGUGCGCCUGAACCAGCCAUGCCUGUGAGGAAGCUGCUGCUGCUGCUGCUGGUGGUGGUAGUGGUGACUCUUGUUGCUGCUGGUGGGGCAGAGCUGAACGAAGGGAAUGGCCUGAGAAGGCCGGUGUGUGGAGACAUGGUCGAGCUGCAGGCCUGCCCUCUCCUGCACUUGCCUGUCUGUGGGACCGAUGGGAACACCUAUGCCAAUGAAUGCCAGCUGUGUGUGCAGAAAAUGAAAACCAGACAAGACAUCCGGAUUUUGAAAGACGGGCAGUGUCAAGAUAUCUGAGCUUUCUGGUAGCUUUCCUGAGCCUAGAAACAGCACUUUCUUAUACAAGGCUGAGGGGAAACAGAACAAGCCGUUCCCACAAAGGGCUACUAACAGCAUGCAGUCAAAACAUUCAUUUCAAAUCCACAUCACAUACCAGGGUUCUGCACUGUGAGUAUUAUUUCAUCCGCAUUCCUGUGAGAAAGGCCAUGUGGGAGUAGCAAGAAACAACAGAUCCCGGUGAAGAAGGUGCUGAACAAGUGCAGUUGUGAAGGGAAAGUUUCUUCAGCAUGGGAGAAGACAACUCCCUGGCUCCCUAGUAAACAUCCCUGCUUCCAGAGCUGAUGUAAACAGAAAACAGUAUCAUCUGCGCUUCUCAUAUUAGAUGUUAUUCCACUUUUUAUCCAAGAGCUGUUCACAACAGGAAUCAGCCCAGAAAACACACAGGAACAUGGAAAAGCCCCGAGUGGAGAUCCUGAAUGCAAAGGACUCUGCAUCUCUGCUCCAGCAUCUGAGAGCAACCUCCAAACUGAACUAAUUACCCAGAAAUGCUCUCCAGGAACUGCAGAUUCCCAGCCAGUUGCCAAAUUUCAGGUCUAGUUUGCUCCUGUUGUCAGAACCACCUUUGGGACUGUGGCAGGGCACAGUCCAGCCAAGGUUACAGUGUAAGUGUGCAUCAGCAGUCUUUGGGGCUCCCUCUGCUCUUUUGUCUUCCACUUCUACCAGAUGGGACACAACUCACCUUUCACGAAAUACCUGUAAAAAGAUUGUACAACCUGGGUAUGCAAGGGGCUCCCUUUGCUUGCAGUGGUAGAGAUCAGAGGGCACUGGCUAAUUCAGGACUUGCCUCCUGAAUUCAGUUCAGUCCUGCACCAGAUGUUGUAUUUCUACAGAAUGACUGGUUGAGAUUUCUGAUCAGCUUUAAGCAAAGCACUGGGUUGCUUUGAAAAGUGCUUCAGUGUGAAAUGAACCCCUUCAAGGACAGGUCUGUGCUCACCCACAGGGGAUCAUGUGGCUCUGACUUGCUACUAUACACACAUGACUUAUUUGCUGGUGUCUGGGGAAGGGCCCGGGUGCAUCAUAUGGUCAAGCGAGCUCCCUGGAGUCAGUGACCACCCUGCGAGUCUGGGAGCUGUGCCAGCAUCAUGGCUACUGUGCUUGGCCAGCUGGUCAUGUAAUAUAUCCACACACACCUCUUCCAGUUCUGUACCUUCCUGGAAACCCACCAGGUGGGACACGGCAGCACUGUAAUGCAUGGCAAAGCCAUUGCUGAUAGAUUUAAUGCUGCAGCUGGAAAUAGUAUUGAGGAGCAUAAAAUAGCUAUGCUUGGUGAGAUGGGAGAUCCAUCUGACCUGGCGUUCACCAUUUUCUGGCUCAGAGGUAGCUGCUGUCAUUAAAAGCUUUUCUCUCAUUAAAAGCUCUUCCACAGGCU